GCACCUGAAGAACUCGAAAUUCUACAGGUGAGGAGGCGCGCACGAGAAGGAGCUGCUCACUUCUAUACCCUUGUUUUUCCACUGCUGAAGAAACGGGGAUCGGGGGAUUAGUAUGCGUUACAAUAUUGCCGAAGAUCACGCAGUUUAAGAAUACUGUCACAGCAAAGAAGAAAACUCACACAGGAGUGAAGAAGCCGCUGCGAUGGAGGGGAAGCGUGGAAGUCCCCCGAUGACGAUAGAGCAGCCUGCAGACAGCGAGGGCCAGUCCAACUAUGUCCUCUUCACCUACUUUCAGGGGGACAUCAACAGCGUGGUGGACGAGCACUUCUCCAGAGCCCUCAACAAAACCAAAAAACCCAGGGACCUGAGCACCAGGAACAAGGGAUGGAGAGCCGUCUCCUCCACUGCCAGCGCUCCCAGCGCUGCCAGCGCUGCUAGCGCUGCCAACACACAUGGUGAGCCCUCGCCACCAGUGCUGUGGGAUUUGCCAGGUGCCUCCUGGGCCGGCAGUCAGUACCCUGCACCCACCUCCUCCCGAAUUCACUUCAGCACCUCCUCGGGGGUGUUACACAGCUCCCCCAGCCAGCCUCCUGGCCCCUGGCCUUUCCCUGUGCGGGACAGCGGCAGCUUCGGGCCCCCGUUGGGUGUGUACCCUCACCCCGUGGGCCAGGAGCUCCCUGGAACGAGCUCCUUCCUCAACCUGCUGCACAGCGAGAGGGGAACCGCCAGCACCAGCCUGGGCGCGGCCUCCGAACCAGAGCAGCCCCCCUCCUGGGCAGGGCACCCCCCAGCACGCUUCAGGGAGGCAGCGGGGACAGCACUGAGCCUUGACUCAGUGAUCCAAGCACCGGAAAAGAAGAAGGAUCUCUACUGGUAUUAGAACAUGCAUAAACCAGUCUGGCAUCUGAUCUUUAUACAGGUGUGUGAAAAUCACAAAGUAUUUUAAAGUACAACUCCAUGGAGCACAAUCGAAGAACAAUUGCUUUUCACAAGCUGGCACUGUGAGCCAGGAUAGAACUCAGAGACAGCGUCACUGCAGCCAGCUAUUCUUGCCAAAAUACUGAUUGAAAAAACAAACCAAAAUAACAGCUCAAAUGCUCCGGAGCGCUUAUCCUGGUUUCAGAGAUUUAUCAGUGAUACUCUACCCAGAAGAACACAAAACCACAGUAUUGCAAACUCAUUUUGAAGUGCCAUUCAAAAGAAAACCAUUGUUUUCAAUGGAGAAAUGAAGAAAUCAUAAAUACAAAUAAAAAUCAGGUGGAGGACGAAUAUCCACAGAUAUAUGGACACGUUGCAAGGAAGGAAUGUUGCUUUAAAUGAACAAAUAGCUAACGUUGGUGUAACAACAGGAACUGAAUGACUAUUGAAUGACGACUGUACUUUCUAAGGUGUAUUUAAUCCUUGUUUUCUUAAGCUAAUAACAUCUCUGGUUAUAUUUUCCUGCACACCAGUGGAAAUACAGUAGUUUUAAUUGUUUUUGGGAAAGAGGGCUUCUGUUCUUAACAGGUGUGCUCGAUUUGUCUGUAUAUGGAAGCAGUUCUUUUGUAUUCACAAAUGACCAGCUGGUUCUGGGUCAGUUUAAUAAUUGGGGCUAUUUUCAAAUUAUUUUGUCUUUAUUCAUCACCAAAAAAAAAAAAAAAAAAGGUUUUAUACAUACAUCUAUAACUCACUAAAUCUGUAAAUCGAAUUUAUGAAGCGUGUUUUUACCAGACUACUAAUCUACUAAUCUGCACUCUCAUAGAUCAAGCCAGUACUGCACAUUCAAUUGCGUGUGACUCAGUAAAGUACCUAUAUUAUUGUCCUAUAAAGAGGUAUUGCUCAAAUGUAUAUAACAGUGUAUGGGUUAUAAAGGGGUGAUAUCACACAGUUCCUGAGGGUAUGGGGGAGAUCAAUAUCAUUAUUUACAUUUUAAUAAGCUGAGCACCGCUCAGGAGACUACUUGCAGCAGCAGGAGGUUAUGCAUGUAUUAUUCAAGGUCAGCUAUAGCCCAGUAAGACAAAACAAAACAGAAUAUAUAUAUUUUUUUGUAAAUACUUUAUUGUUUGUCUGGGCUCAUAAGGGAACAGCAUUCUGAAUAAUGAAAAGAAAUAAAAAAAUGAUUGGCUGCUUCACGUUUGACCCUUUGUGGUAUGCUAUGUCAUUGCCAGGCAACUAGAAGUCCAAUUGUGUCUUACUUGCUGUACCCAACAUGUACUGUAUGUUUAAACAUUCGAUAUGCCACAGAGGGAGAAUGUACUGGUUCACUCUCUGGAUAAUAGUGACUUGCAUCUGGACAUGAAGAGCUGCUUACUGUCCUUAGUAUUGUGUGGCUGCUGAUGUGAACACGUGAAGGAAACGAUGCAUAUGGCUGUGGCAUUCUGAAGUAAUAUAUUUGUUAUUUGUGUGUUUAAAUAUGUGUCUCAUGGCUUACAAUAAUUAAAAUAUAUCUCUUAAGCUGAA